CGGUGGCGCCCAACGAUGACCGCUCCCUGGCGGCGCCUCCGGAGUCUGGUUUGGGAAUAUUGGGCCGGGUUCCUCGUGUGCGCCUUCUGGAUCCCAGACUCGCGCGGGAUGCCCCACGUCAUCCGGAUCGGAGGAAUCUUUGAGUAUGCGGACGGUCCCAACGCCCAGGUCAUGAGCGCUGAGGAGCACGCCUUCCGAUUUUCAGCUAAUAUCAUCAACAGGAACAGGACUCUGCUGCCCAACACGACUCUGACUUACGACAUUCAGAGGAUUCACUUCCAUGACAGUUUUGAGGCCACCAAGAAGGCCUGUGACCAGUUGGCGCUGGGUGUUGUAGCCAUCUUUGGGCCGUCACAGGGCUCCUGUACCAAUGCAGUCCAGUCCAUCUGCAACGCCUUGGAGGUACCCCACAUCCAACUGCGCUGGAAACACCACCCCCUGGACAACAAGGAUACCUUCUACGUGAACCUCUACCCUGACUACGCCUCGCUCAGCCACGCCAUCCUCGACUUGGUCCAGUCCCUCAAGUGGCGGUCAGCCACUGUGGUCUAUGAUGACAGUACAGGUCUCAUCCGGCUGCAGGAACUCAUCAUGGCCCCAUCUAGGUACAACAUCCGCCUGAAGAUUCGCCAGCUCCCCAUCGACUCGGAUGACUCACGCCCCUUGCUCAAAGAGAUGAAGCGGGGCCGGGAGUUCCGUAUCAUCUUUGACUGCAGCCACACCAUGGCAGCCCAGAUCCUCAAGCAGGCCAUGGCCAUGGGCAUGAUGACAGAAUAUUACCACUUCAUCUUCACCACUCUGGAUCUCUACGCACUGGACCUGGAGCCCUACCGCUACUCUGGAGUAAACCUGACUGGGUUCCGCAUACUCAACGUGGACAACCCCCAUGUCUCAGCCAUUGUGGAGAAGUGGUCCAUGGAGCGGCUGCAGGCAGCUCCCCGGGCAGAGUCGGGCCUGUUGGAUGGUGUGAUGAUGACCGACGCAGCCCUGCUCUACGAUGCGGUCCACAUUGUAUCAGUGUGCUACCAGAGAGCGCCGCAGAUGACCGUGAACUCCCUGCAGUGCCAUCGGCACAAGGCCUGGCGCUUUGGCGGUCGCUUCAUGAACUUCAUCAAGGAGGCUCAAUGGGAAGGAUUAACUGGACGGAUUGUUUUCAACAAAACCAGUGGCUUGCGGACUGAUUUUGAUCUGGACAUCAUCAGCCUGAAGGAGGAUGGCCUCGAGAAGGUUGGAGUGUGGAGUCCAGCUGAUGGUCUCAAUAUCACUGAAGUUGCCAAAGGCCGAGGUCCUAAUGUCACUGACUCUCUGACCAAUAGAUCACUCAUCGUCACCACUGUGCUGGAGGAACCUUUUGUCAUGUUCCGAAAGUCUGAUAGGACCCUUUAUGGCAAUGACCGGUUUGAGGGCUACUGCAUCGACUUGCUCAAGGAGCUGGCGCACAUCCUGGGCUUCUCCUACGAGAUCCGGCUGGUGGAAGACGGCAAGUACGGGGCCCAGGACGACAAGGGCCAGUGGAACGGCAUGGUGAAGGAGCUUAUUGACCACAAAGCAGAUCUGGCUGUGGCUCCCCUGACCAUCACCCAUGUUCGAGAGAAGGCCAUUGACUUCUCUAAGCCUUUUAUGACCCUUGGAGUAAGCAUCUUAUAUCGCAAGCCCAAUGGCACCAACCCCAGUGUCUUCUCCUUCCUCAACCCCCUUUCCCCAGACAUCUGGAUGUACGUGCUCCUUGCCUACCUGGGUGUCAGCUGUGUCCUCUUCGUCAUUGCCAGAUUCAGCCCUUACGAGUGGUAUGAUGCCCACCCCUGCAACCCCGGCUCUGAGGUGGUGGAGAAUAACUUCACGCUGCUCAACAGCUUCUGGUUUGGAAUGGGCUCCCUGAUGCAACAAGGAUCUGAACUGAUGCCCAAGGCUCUGUCUACCCGCAUCAUUGGCGGCAUCUGGUGGUUUUUCACCCUCAUUAUCAUCUCCUCCUACACGGCCAACCUGGCUGCCUUCCUGACUGUGGAGCGCAUGGAGUCACCCAUCGACUCCGCUGAUGACCUGGCCAAGCAGACCAAAAUAGAGUAUGGUGCUGUCAAGGAUGGGGCCACCAUGACCUUCUUCAAGAAAUCCAAGAUCUCUACCUUUGAGAAGAUGUGGGCCUUCAUGAGUAGCAAGCCCUCAGCUCUGGUGAAGAACAACGAGGAGGGCAUCCAGCGGACACUCACAGCCGACUACGCUCUGCUCAUGGAGUCCACUACCAUAGAGUACAUCACACAAAGGAACUGCAACCUCACCCAGAUCGGUGGCCUCAUCGACUCCAAGGGCUAUGGCAUCGGCACACCCAUGGGCUCCCCCUACCGGGACAAAAUCACCAUCGCCAUUCUGCAGCUGCAGGAGGAGGACAAGCUGCACAUCAUGAAGGAGAAGUGGUGGCGGGGUAGCGGCUGCCCCGAGGAGGAGAACAAGGAGGCCAGCGCACUGGGCAUCCAGAAGAUCGGCGGCAUCUUCAUCGUCCUGGCUGCCGGCUUAGUCCUGUCCGUGCUGGUGGCAGUGGGCGAGUUUAUAUACAAACUCCGCAAGACAGCGGAGCGGGAGCAGCGCUCCUUCUGCAGCACAGUGGCCGACGAGAUCCGCUUCUCCCUCACCUGCCAACGGCGUCUCAAGCACAAGCCACAGCCUCCUAUGAUGGUCAAGACGGAUGCGGUUAUCAACAUGCACACCUUUAAUGACCGAAGGCUUCCAGGCAAGGACAGCAUGAGCUGCAGCACCUCGCUAGCCCCUGUCUUCCCCUAG